AUGAAGAAUCUGUUCAUCGGAUCGUUCGUCGAUACUCCCCAGCUCGGGAAGCUCAGAAUUGUUAAUGACCAAGCUUUGCUUGUGGAUGAGCAAGGAAACAUUGCUGGCGCUAUCGAUGUCGACGAAGCCGUAUCCCUCUCUGACAAUCCACAGAUCCAAACAUUCAGAGUGCCUACAGGCAGUUUUCUUAUUCCCACAUUUUGUGACCUUCAUCUCCACGCUCCACAAUACCUCUAUUUAGGGACAGGAUUGCACCUUCCUCUUAUGGAAUGGCUCAACGAAUACGCAUUCAAAGCCGAGGAGAAGAUAGAUGAUGAUCCGGAAGGAUUGGGUCAUCGGGUUUAUUCUUCUCUCGCGAACAGACUGAUUCGAUCAGGUACUGGUGCCGCCCUUUUGUUCGGCACCAUUUGCGAGGAAUCGAAUUUGGUUCUCGCUGAGACGUUCCAGUCAGCUGGUCUGCGAGGGUUUAUCGGGAAACUAUCCAUGGAUAAGUCAUCUAGGCCGACUUAUGUGGAAGCAUCGUCGGAUGCGUCUCUAUCCGCCGCAGAACGCUUCAUUCAUCGUUGUCGAGACAUAGUGAAGGCUUUGCCUGCAAAUAAGCAAUUUGUGGAGCCAGUUUUGACCCCCCGAUUUGUUCCAACAUGUUCGGACGAACUGCUGAGUGGCCUAGGUCGACUGGCGUCAAAACAUGGGGUCAAAAUCCAAAGCCAUCUUGCUGAAGCUCGGGAUCAGGUUAACUGGGUGAAAUUAGAGAGGGGUGUUGACGAUAUCGAUGUGUUUGACAGGUCAUCACUUCUGACUUCUCGCACGGUUCAAGCACACUGCACUUUUCUCGAUCCCUCAUCCUUAGUUGUCUUACACGAGAAAGGAACUGCAAUUGCGCAUUGCCCCUUAUCGAAUGUCUAUUUCUCUUCUCAGCCAUUCCGGCUCCGUGAAGCUCUGGAUCUCGGCGUUAACGUUGGGCUGGGCUCUGAUGUCGCAGGCGGCUACACAGCCGAUAUCAUGAACGCGAUGAGACAAGCGGUUAUCGCCUCGCGUAUCCGUGAGAGUUACCGAUCAGAGAACGAACAAGAGAUCCAACGGACCCAACCUCUGGAAGGAAGUUCAAGCCAAAGCACGAAUCAGUCUACCACUCUUGCUGUGCAUUGGACGGAGGCACUCUACUUAGCGACCAAAGGUGGCGCGGAAGCUCUUGGUUUGAGUUCAGGCUCAUUCAUUCCUGGGGCUGCAUUCGACGCGCAGCAAAUCUCACUGAUCGACAAUAUGUCGGGGAAGGGUAUAGGACAGCUUGACUUCUUCGAACCAGUUACAAAUAUCACUGAAGAUCUCAUCGAGAAGUGGUGGUGCCUUGGUAACGAACAGAACCGAACAGGUGUCUGGGUACAAGGAUGCAAGUUACUUUGA